AUGCUGCGGCUGGCUGCAGCUUGCCCUGAGUCCUGUGUGGUAUGCUCCAGAGAUGUAACCCUCUGUCACCAGAUAACCUAUGUAGUAGCAGCCCCUGUGACCACGAGGGUUCUAAUCAUCACGGAUGGCUACCUCUCCUCUGUAGAAAGCACAAAUCUGUCUCUCUUGUUUAAUCUUGCCCUGCUUUCUCUGGGCAGGAAUGGUAUUGAGGGCAUUGAGGAAGACGCUCUGUACAGUCUAACGAAGUUGCAGACAUUGUUACUGGAGCACAACCAGAUUUCCAGUUCUUCCCUCCCGGAUUACACCUUCAGCAGGCUGUACAGUCUGAGGGUGCUGGUACUAAGCAACAAUGCCCUCCACAGCUUGAGAGGGGCCUGGUUCCACACCACCAAGGCUCUGACCCGGCUCCAGCUGGAUGGCAAUCAGAUCACCAAUCUCACAGAUGGUUCUUUUGAGGGCACCAGUCUCCACAGUCUCAGGCAUCUGGAUUUAUCUAACAAUUUAAUUUCCUUUAUUGAGAAAAAUGCCUUCCGGCCUUUGCCUCAAUUACAGGAAGUGGACCUGUCCCGGAAUAGGCUGACCCACAUUCCUGACGUUUUCACUCCACUGAAGCAGUUAAGCUUCCUCAGCUUAGACAGGAACCAGUGGAGCUGCUCCUGUGACCUCCACCCCCUGGCCCGCUUCCUGAGAAACUACACCAAGUCUUCGGCUCACACACUCAAGAAUGCCAAGGAACUGCACUGUCUGUGGGCUACCCCAGCCCCGGGGGCCCUGGUAAACAGUGUGUUGAGGCUGUCAGAAAGCAACUGUGAACCCAAGGCUCCGGACUCCACUCUGGUUGUGAAGGACAGACGUCCUCUUCUCCCAAGGCAGGACGUGGCCCUGAUGACUGUCCUGGGCUUUGCAGGAGCUGUUGGUCUCACUUGCCUUGGUUUAGUUGUAUUUAACUGGAAACUCCAACAAGGCAAAGCAAAUGAACACACAUCAGAAAACCUUUGUUGCAGAACCUUCGAUGAAUCCCUGUGUGCUCAUGAAGCAAGAAAUUACCACACUAUGGGAUACUGUAACUGCCACUUAACUCAGGAAAACAAGAUAAAGGUCAUGCCCAUUGUGGGGUGCAGAAAGGAAAUGCCACUUUUACAGGAAAGCAGCCAUCAAGCAACAUUGGCCUCUGAGUCCACGGCCCUUGACGAGUCCAAAGCCCUUGACGGAUCAUUUAGAAACCUAAAAGGGAAAGACCAUGGGGCAGACAGCACUUUGCCUUGCCUGCAAGGUAGAUUGCUGGAGUCAGGAUGCUCAGGGUCUCCUGGGAAAAGGGCAGCUUUUAAUGACACAGGCAUAGUUACAAGACAUUGUCCAAGGAGAGUUGAAAAGAUAAGGAACCUCAAACAUGUGGAAGUUCAGCCUCAAACCCUGCCACACCACAUUUAUUUUUCAGCAGAUACCAGCACUGACACAUUUAGAAGAAUAUAUACAGUAUCUACUUCAGCCUUGGCAAGAGAAAGUCUUGAAAGGCAUUUAACAAAUGGAUCAUGGCAGCCUCCAAUAGAAAAAGAAGACAAUGGCUUACAACCUCACAGGAAGAGACAUUUUACUACAAGCUCACCAUCCAACCCUUGUGAACCCAAGGAACACUAUAUACAAAGGUUCCUACACAAACCUAAAUCAAAAUAUGAUGGUCCCCAAAGAUUGAUAAAAUGGAGCAAGCCUACGUGUUUUCAGCCUAACAAUCCCCUUAUCUGUAAAUAUGUGCCCUGUGAUCAAUUUCAAGUUUAUAUGAAGGAAAGGAAGCCCAAAUAUAGAGAACUUUCUAAGUUUGAGAAAGAGCAAAUCCAAAUUAAUAAUGCAAUAGAAAAAUUUCUUAUGAGUGAGGAUAAUAUAGAUUUACCAAGGUUUUCAACAAAAAUCAAGAAAAUGCAUUCCACAAAGAGGGCUAGCUUUCAUCAUUCUAACUUACUACCAAAAAAAAGCUUGCUAUCCCCUGAAACACCAACCCAUCAGAAACAGCAGGAAAAUCAAAGUAACCAAGUGCCUACUUUGGAUUUCACCAAAUGUAGCGACCCUGGAGAGAAAAAGGAAGGGAGUAGAUGGUUGGCUAAUUCACAGAUUCUGAACAAGAGAACAAGACCUUCUAUCAAAAGGAUUAAAUUAAAUUUACAUCCUUUUAGGAAAGUCAGGGUCCAUUCAGAAAGAUCCUUGUCAGAACUUCUAAAGAAGCAUAAACGAGUAUUGUUAUGGCCUAGGAAGUUAUCUAAAACUUUGGAGGAAAAAGCCAAAAGAAAUCCUGUAUCUUUUGUGAGAGAGAGUAACAACUGUGCUAAACCCUCUUUAAAAAGACCACCUCUCAAACAUGCUCCAAAGCAGGCCCCAUAUUACAAAAGAAAUACUAAACCUGCCCCUCCUGUUUAUGCUGAUACCUUGUCUGUAGACAGGCAGUUCUCUGUACAGAGCAGGUGUUACCCAGCUGGUCAGGUUCCUUGUGGGAAUGCAGCAACCUUGCAUCAUCAUACAAGGAGGAACAAUGCACACCGACACUCACAUGGUACAUCUUCAGCUGAGCAAGAGCAAGAUAUAACUCAGCUCCAAACGGAACUUCCCGGUUAUUUACCUGACACUUGGGAAAAUAACACUUUACCAUCUCCACCUUCCAGGGAGGGUAUUGACCAGAAAGGAAAAGAGCCCACUAAACACAGAGUCCAGAACAAAUCAAACACCAACCAAUUAAGUCAGUGUUCUUCAUCUUUGAUGAAGCAAAUACAUUUGCAAGGGACACACCCACCUGACCCCAAUAACAAGGAAUAUACUUUAGGUCAGAAUCAAGCUUUGUUACAACAUGAAGAGAACAUUUCAAAUCACAAACAACUUGGAAAUGAUGGGAAAUUAUCAAUAGCAGAAUUUAAAAAAUCGCAUCCAAUUAUGGAACUGUGUUCUAUGGGUAAAGGAGGACAAUCUCUUCCUAGCACAGAAAUUUAUGAUUCCUCUCUCAUUUCCUGGACACACUCCAAGAACAACUCACCAACAAAUUCUAUCAUACUCCAAAGUAGAACAGAGCUUCCCAAACAUAGGAAUUUUUCUCCUGUUACUAGGCAAGCUUCUUGGCGUCUUACCAAUAGCGGUGAGAAAGGAAUUGAUAGCACAAAUGCAUCACCCAAAGAUGAUGGCAAUGAAGCACUGGAGAUAAAACUAGCAGAGAAAGAUACACUUGACGAAAGCAGCAUGAGUUCUAGUCCAUUCAUGUGGACCACAAAAAUGACCCUGAAAAACUCCACUGAAGAAAGGCAGAAGACCGUGGCAAAUGAAAAAAGUGAAAUACACAUAUUAUAUGACUUGGGUUCUGUUGACACUAUUAAAGUUAAAGAUUUUGCCAUCCUAAUUCCCCAUGAAAUCCAAAACACAAUACCUCAUGAUGAAAUAGAUAUUCAAAAUAACAGUAAUGUGCAUGAUUUGAAAGAAACAAAUGUUCCCUCAGAUAAACACAAUUGUGCACACAGAGAAGGGACCAUGGGAGUGGAGACACAAGAAGUACUUUCCCUAUUAGCAGAGUUGAAAGACAGUAGUUUUAAGGCAGAAGAUAUUCCUGAAAAUAAAAAUGAAGCUGAGAACUCUGCUGCAAAGCUUGCUGUGCUCCCUGCAUCUGUUGAGGAUGCUAAUGAAUCACCUUUAGAGGCAGAGAGGAGUGAACACAACAACCCAAAUAAUCAUUUUCCACCUUAG